UUGUUCCUGAGCCCUAGUCUAAGUCAAUGGAAGCCAAGAAAGCAGUUGUGGAGUGUCCAUGGGCUGCGUCCAGUUGUAUCAUUUCAGAAAGUGGGUUUUUUCCAAUAAGUUGUCAUUUCAUAUAAGUCGGAGAAAAGCUCCCAAAAUUUUGAUUGCGUCCCGGUGCCUAAUUUCUCAGCACAGCAUGAGAAAUUUCUAUCAUGAAUUAUCAUUUGAUGUAUGACAGUUUGCAAUUACGUUGUGUCAACCUGGUGGAUGUUAAAGAGUGAUGUAAACAUUAGCAAAAAGUAAACAGAGACGCAAGGAAUAUGGAGACGAAAUGGAUAGUUGACAAAUUGCUUGAUUGAAACUUCGGAUUUUUUCGGAUGGGCCAGAAGCAUACACUUUUCUUUGCCGCAGGAGAGGGCCGAAUAGAUGAUUUGAAAUGGGUUUUGUUCGAGAAGAGGGUUUCACCAAACUUACGAGAUCAUUCCACGCAAGAAGUAGCUCUACAUCUUGCGGCGUCGAAAGGUCAUUUAGAAUGUGUUAAGCUGUUGUUGAAUGCAGGAGCAAAUGUCGAUGCUCGUAACAGUUAUGGCUUGACAUCUUUACAUCUUUCUGUUUGCAAUGGAAGAUAUGGAUGUGUUCUUGCUUUGAUUAAAGGCGGAGCUGAUAUUAACGCUACGUCCAGGUUUGGUUGUACACCUUUACAUCAAGCUGCAUAUUUUAAUCGUACAAAAUGUUGUCAAUGCUUGCUCAAUGCUGGAGCUUUAGUUAAUGUUCAAGAGUCUUGGGGAAGAACACCUUUAUUUCUUGCUAUUGAAAAAAGAAACAUAAGUAUGGUAAGAUUACUACUGAAAAGUCACAGCAGUGUUGAUAUUGCUGAUAGCACCAAGGGACAAACUUGUUUGAUGCUAGCAGCAUCACUUGGUGAUAUUGAAUCGAUGAGACUUCUCCUUGAUUAUGAAGCAGACCCUAAUAUUCAAGACAAUUGUGGUCAAACUGCCCUUCAUCAUGUUGCAAAUGACACUAAAGGCGAAGUUGUUUCAAGAUGUAUAAGGCAGUUGGCUGCUUAUGGAGCUAUGUGCCUUGAAGACAACAAAUGCAAAACUCCAACAGAUAUACUUAUAGUUAAAAACAACACUUCUGACGCUGACCUCCUGAUGCAAUUGACAAGUACACCAAGAACGCUACGAAAUAUGUGUUGGGUGAAUGUGCGACAAAAUUUACUAGGAAAAAAAACAAUGGAUUUGCGAAAGUUGAAGCUACCUGAAUGUCUGGUCAAAUAUAUAGAAGAUGAUUCGGCAUUUUUGUAAAUCUGAAUAUAUUUUAAAGUAAUUUUUUAUAUGUUAUUAAAAAGAAUAGGCCUUGAA